AUGGUGAAACGGUUCGCGCGCACCGUCGUCGCGGGAACGGAGGACGCGGCGCGCGUGCGAACGCUGGACGCGUGCGAACGCACGGUGGACCAUUUAUUCCGCGCGCUCGACGACGCGCGUCGCGCGUCGACGCGCGCGUCGGCGUCGGCGUCGGCGAACGCGCUCGCGAGCGCGCACGCGUUCUGCGAGGACCGACUGCGCGCGGUGCGACAAGAUUUAGCGAUGCAAGGGUUGUUCGCGGACGAUCCGGUGGCGUGCGGAAGGUGCUGCGCGUUGCUCGAGCGCAUGAUCGUGCGCGCGGUGACGAGCGAGGCGGAGCGCGAGGCGGACGCGAGCGACGACGAUUUCGGCGCGGCGGCGCUGCGCGAGCGACAGCUCGGAAAGACGUUUGGAAUGUUGCUGAGCGCGUACGCGGAGUUGGGAUUCGACGACGACCUGCACGUCGAACGCGUUGGAAGGUUUGUGUCGAUGCUGCUGUGCGUGCGCCUGCGCGACGGGACGAGCGAGUUGGCGGGGGACUUGAGACGCGUCGGAGUACGGACGUUGGCGACGAAGGACGCGAGAUUCGCGAUGACGUGUCGAGCAGCCUUCGCGACGGGAAACUGGCGUCGUUUUUUCGCCAUCGUCGACGAGGCGUCGUACGAACACGCGUGCUGCCUCGAGCGGCACUUCGCCGUCGCGCGCAUCGAUGCGCUGCGAUCGCUCAACUGCGCGCUGAACUCGACGCCGAUGAAGCUCGACGAGUUGGCGCGCGUCCUGCGCCUCGACUACGCCAGCGACGCCGAGACUUACGUAAAAGCGUGUGGAUUGACGGUAAACGUGGACGAGUCCGCGGAACCGACGGUGCAGUUCCGAACAUCGCCGUUCACGCCUCCGAAUCUGUCGCGUCCCGACGUCGCCGCCGCAUUACGCGCGGCGAACCGUGGAUUCAAAUCGAGUUCACCCGCCGCGCCCGCCAUCGAUCGCGACGUCGCGAGCGUCGACGUAGACGUUCAUUUAGCAUCCUUAUCGCUCGCCCGCUGA